AUGAAGUUCAAACGGCCCAGUCUCUUCGUCACGCAGCCCAAAUCAGCAUUCGCUGAGGGCAAUGCUCGCUGGACGAACCUCGAUCUCGACCCGGUGCCUCGUCACAUGCGAAAAUGGGGAGUCACUAGUUUUAUCGCAUACUGGAUAUCCGACGCGUUCAAUACCGCAACAUGGCAGUUCGCCAGCAGUAUUCUGGCCGUCGGCAUGACCUAUCGCGAAUCCCUCAUCAUUGUGGCCGUUGCAUUUUUCAUCAUUUCUUUCGUCAUAUCCGGUAACGGUGCCAUUGGGUCCAUCUAUCACGUCCCCUUUCCGGUCCUGGCGCGCGCCAGCUGGGGGUUCUGGGGGUCCUACAUCGCCAUCAUAUCUCGUGUCAUUCUGGCAGUGUUCUGGUUCGCCAUUCAAAAUGUCAACGGUGGAAAUGCCGUCCGAGUCAUGAUCGGCGCCAUCUGGCCCAGCUUUCUGACAAUCAAAAACACCAUUCCCGAGAACCAGGGCAUCACGACGAACGGGAUGGUCAGCUUCUUCCUCUUCUGGCUCGCACAGAUCCCUUUCCUGUACAUGAGACCGGACAAGCUCCGCUGGUUGUUUAUGGCAAAGUCGAUCUUUGUUCCUAUCGGCUGGAUCGCCAUGUUGAUCUGGGCUUUUGUCUCAGAGGGUGGUGGAAAGAUCUAUGACCAGCAACCAACGUUGAAACCAGGCUCGUCCGCAUACAGCUGGUUGUUCCUGGCUAACUUGACUUCGGUCAUUGGCAACUAUGCCACUCUCAGUGUCAACCAGUCCGACUUCUCGCGCUACUCCCGCGUCAGCGUAAAAUGGCAAAUCCUCUACGUCCCUAUGCUCCCUAUCGUCUUCACCUUCAUCGCCUUCAUCGGCAUCACCACCUCCUCCGCAGGCCAAGCACGCUACGGCGGCUCCCUCCCGUGGGAUCCCACCGUCCUGAUCAGCUACUGGGACAACCGCGCAUGUCGCUUCUUCGCCUCCUUCACCUUCGCCCUCGCCUCUCUGGGAGUCAAUAUCUCCGCGAACUCCCUCUCCGCCGCAAACGACUUCACCGCGCUCGCUCCGCGCUUCAUCAACAUCCGCCGCGGCCAACUUCUCUGCGCCAUCUUAUCAUGGUGUCUCGUGCCCUGGAAAAUCCUCGCCUCCGCCGGAAACUUCCUCAACUUCAUGUCCGCGUAUGCGAUCUUCCUCGGCCCCAUCGCUGCCAUCAUGUUGUGGGAUUAUUGGAUCAUCAAACGCAGAAAAUACGACUCUUUGGCCCUCUACCAGCCCCAAGGUAUAUACCAAUAUGGCCGCUACGGUGUAAACUGGCGCGCCGUGGUAGCGUUCCUCGUUGGCGUCGGACCCAAUUUACCAGGUCUGAUCAAUUCCGUCAAUUCGAGUAUCGAAGUCGGUGUGGGUAUUCAUCCGUAUCAAUUCGGAUGGCUAUUGGGGUUCGUGGCCAGUAGUCUUGUUUAUAUCACCUUGUCGCAUUUCUUCCCCGUGGAGACGAUGCUGAUUGAGCGCGCCGUUCUGCCGGAUGAGAUAUAUGAUGCGAGGGAGAUGGCCGUGGAAGGCGUGGAGCCAGUGCCGAGUGAUGAGGAGAAGAUUGGUUCGGGGGCAAGCAUGGGUGAGGCGGUCGAGGUGAAUGAGAAGAGUGGGUUUAAGAGGUUCGUCAAGGGGAUAGAUCGGAUUUUGUAG